ACUGAUGGUUCAGUCAUAGCAUUGUUGCAGAGAUUGGGAUAUUCUUCACAACAGAUAACCAAAGAUGACAUUGAGAUCGUUAGAUAUGUCUGCGCUCUGAUCGGUGUCCGUAACGCACAGUUAGCCGCCGCCAAUCUCUCAGCGGUUGUCCAACGCAUUGAUAAACCAAUGGUUAGAAUAGCAAUUGACGGUUCGCUAUAUAAAAAACACCCAAAACUUCAUAAAUUGAUGACUGAUUUCAUCAGCGAAUUGAUUCCCAACAGAAAGUUUGAGUUAUUCUUAGCCGAAGACGGAAGCGGUAAGGGAUCCGCGUUUAUUGCAGCCGUCGCCGCAAAGCAACGACAAAAGUCUUAA